AAAGAUGGCGUUAGCGGCUAACGCAGGCGAAUGCACUUUUUUUAAACAAAAUAUAUUCGGCAUCUGGCAAAAUAGCACGACCAAAACAGAACAGUUUUUACGAUUUGAAUGACAAAAAAUAACAUCUGGCAGAUACUUUUCAGUUACGUCGAAUAGCGCCUUCUGGGCCUUCUCAAGCGGUUGGCCUUUUAUAAAGGGAGCGGAUUCGUGGUUGGGGACUCAGUUUCCCGUCAGGCAGUGCGGCGUCAGGUGAUACAACUUUCCAUCGUCUUGUUGGUAUUUGGAGUUUGAGCGGCACGUUCAGAUGUCGUUCAAACGAAAACGUUUUUGAAGAGGGUUGCUAGAUAAUUAGCAAUUCGCUUAUAGCUCAUGGCGCAGCAAGAUGCUAUUGUGUCCAGAGAUGCCUCACGGUGUCGGUGAUUUCUGUCUGCAGCAAAUAUUAGCGAUGUUAGGAUAACUGAACCUGUGGCCUGCCAGUUUGAAUCAGUCAUGGCUUCGUCGCCCGUGAAAUGUGACGGGAGGCAGCCGAGAGUAAGCUCCAAAGAAGGCCAGCCAGCUUCACCGGAGUCCUCGUUGACCUGGUGCUUGGCCCACCUGUACAAACCGGGAUCACCAGGAGGGGCCGAGCACCAGACAGGCUCCUGCAGGGACGGCGACAAAAGGUCUAAAAUGUGUCAGUGGCGAGCCCUCCUGGCCAUCAGGACCCAGCACAUCAAGGGCGACAAGGCGGGCAUCGCCAGGUUCAGGGGGAAAGGUGGGCUCAGACUCCUGCUCAACCUGCUCCAACACCCGGACUGCUCCAGGAAAACCCUGGACCUCGCUCUCAGCAUCCUGGCCAACUGCUGCACUGAGCCGGAGACGCGCCUAGAGGUGCGGAAGCUCGAAGGGAUAAACGUUGUUGUGGACAUAAUGAAGAGAAACGUGGCUUUGGAGACGGUCCAGAACCGGGCUGCCAGGGCUUUGGGGAACUUGGCCAUGGAUCCAGAGAGCUCUGCACUCAUCCACUCUGCUGGUGGGAUUCCUCCUCUCCUCCUGUGUCUGUCCCUGUCGUCUGCCCCGUCGUCUCCCACCGCCGCUCCACCCUCAGACUCCUGUCCCAAGCUUGAAUGCGCUCAGUCAGCCGCCCGGGCCCUCCUCUACCUCUCAGACUCGCCCUCAAACCGCCUGUCUCUGCUCACCCAAGGGACGCUAUCUGCCCUCGCCCCCCUGAUUGCCCCAGAAUACCCGCACGGUCUGAGGCGUGCAGCCCUGAGGACGUUGCACGAGCUGACCAGGGGCUGCGGAGUCGAGUGCGCCCGGGAGGUUUCCCGUUCCGGCGUCUUGACUCAGCUCGGCGUCAUGGCGUCAGGGGAGUCCGGGGAACAUUUCGAGGAGCUGGCGCUGAAGACGCUGGCUAACGUGUGCUCUCAGGGCUGCCUGCGGCCUCUUGUGGGUUCGCUGGGGGUCAUCCAGAAGUUCGCCGAGGAGGUGAAAAGGGAUCCGCUGAAGUCGGGAGUCUUCCUCAAGGCUUUGUGCCUGUGCUGCAAAGAGGCGGUGAACCGCGCCAAGGUGAAGGAGUCCGGCGGCCUGGAGGUCCUGAUGAAGUUUCUGUCCUCCCACCAGAGUCACCCGCUGUCCAGGUUCGCCAUUCUGGCCUGCGUGGACUUUGUGUUCGACGAGUCUGCCAUGGAGAAGCUGCAGGAGCUGGGGCUGGUCCCUGUUCUGGUGGCGCUGCUGGUGAAGCUCACCAGAGGAGAGGAACACGCGAUGGAGAAGGCGGACGUGAGCGUUUCCUGCGGCGCGGCCCACAGCGAGCUCCUGUCCUCCUCGUGCUUGGACUCUUUUGACUUUCCCCCUCCUGAGGGAUUCAGGAGGGAGGAAGCUGGGAGGGAACAGGGCUCCUCCAGCUUCUUAAGCCUCAGGUCCUGGUUGCUCUCUGAGGGAUUGAUAUCAUCUGAAGGGGAGCUGCUGGAGUCCUCCUGUGCUGAAGCUGAGUCGUCGUCCCCUCAAACCUCUUCCCCGACCUCAGACGCCAGCCAGUCGCCUAACACCCCCUCCUCGUCCAGCUCCGUUUCCAGGAAGACGACUCCACCGAUGUCGCCCGUCUCCUCCUCCUCCUCUUCUUCCUGGAGCGUCGCCGAUUCCCCUUCCUCCAGCGGCACCGCUUCCUCCGCCGUCUGCUCUCCCAGCAGCACACCUCAGACGCCCAUCUCCCCGUCGAAGCUCUCGUCGUCGCAGAAGAGGAGACGUUUACAUUCAGCCGCUUCCUCGGCUAAAAUCGCACUCGACAGCCCUCCCGCUGUCCCGCGAACCGCCGCCUACCAUCACCCCUACCACCCCGAGCCCUGGACGCCGGAGUCGCCCAUCCUGCUGCUGCUGUCGCGCUUUUCGCACGCCGGCGACCCCAGCGCCGCCCUGGUGAGCUCCGGCGUCAUGUCCGGCCUGCUCUGCUACCUCACGCAGCACCAGGACCCGAGCAGCAGGUGCUUCCGCAUGCUGUGCCGCCUGAGCUGCAACCCCAGCUGCUUGCAGGCGCUGGUUCGCACCGGCUCCGUGGCGCUGAUACGCCACCGCCUCUGCUCGAGCGAAGACGCAUCGGAGAGACGGCCAAGGCAGACGGGUCGAGUGAAGGCCAAACUGAGACAGCUGGGUGACGCCCUGCUGAAUAAUCUGCGGGUCCAGUGUGAGUCUGGCUUCGGUUCUGGCGUUCUCACCCACGUGAUGCUCUCAGGCUCCGAGUCAGACAAGAUGAACUGUGCUCUGUCUCUCCCGUUCAUCAGCAGCAACAAAUCGCUGCUGAGGAAGCUGCUCCUGGAUUGCGGCGGUCUGCUCGCCGCGCUGCGACCCCUCCACUGCGUCAACGAGGAGGAGGAGGACGGGGGGGACGAAGAGCACCGCGGACGUCUGCUCUCCGACCUGUUUAAUUCCCCCCAUUCAGACGGGACCGCUCAGCCGUUUGCUCUCUACUGCUCUCUCCUGCUGGCAUGCCUGUCUGCUCUGACGGGUUCAGUUAAACCCAAACCGGUAGAAAGGAGCCAAACCCGGAGCGUCGGUGGCGGCAGAGAUUCUCCCCCUCCGUGGAAAAGGCCUCGCCUCGCUGACUCGUGUCCUUACGGGAGCGCCACCUUUGACCUGGUGCUGCUGCUCGACGACGGGACGCGGCUUCCGGCCAACAGGGAGGCCGUGGCCGGAGCGGAGGGCGCCGGCGGGGUCGGGUCCGAGUACUUCAGGGCUCUGCUGAGGGGCGGGUUCGGAGAAGCCCGGGGCGGAGCAGAGGAAGCGAUUCCCAUCGGAGACGUCAGCGCGGGCAUGCUGCUGCCGCUGCUGCAUUACCUGCACGGGUGUCGCUUCGGAUCCGGGCGGCGGCGGUGUCGGACUUUAGACGCGGCGGUUCUGGACGGACUGGCCGUCUUCCAAACGGGGACGGAGGAGCUGACGGCGGAGGGCUUCCAGAAAAACCCGCUGUGUGAACUGAUGAUGGGGGCGUGCAGGUUUCUGGUCAACGACCUGCAGAGCGAGUUGGAGGACAUCUCCGUGUCGUUCCUCCUGUCCUCCAGACCCCAGCAGGCUGCUAGAAAAGACGACGCCGACAAGAAGGUCCGGAAAAGUCCCGACCCGGCAGAGGACAGCCUGGCGUCUGAACCGGAGCUGACGGCGCAGGCCAGAAAACUGGACUUCCUUCAGCAGGUGGAAGGUGGGGAGACCUUACGGGAGGUCCUAACCGGACUGGACAGAGGUUUAGACGAGAGCACGAUCAGAAAAGUCCUUUCUGUCCCCAAACCUGCUCCAGAAGAGGAGCCGUCGGGACCGAAGAGCCUGCUGGAGGAGGCGGGUCUGGACUCCUGCUCCCCCUCAGACGCUGCCCUGGCUGCUCUGCUGCCGCGGCUCUACUGGUUCUCCCAGCGCUACGCCUACCCAGCGCUGGGUCGGGCCUGCCUCGCUCGGCUGGCCGGUUUCCAGGACUGUCCUCGUCCGUUCGCGUCGUCGUCGUCCUCCGUCGCUGCAGGUUGCCUCCGCAGGCUGGCCAGGGAGGCCGACUGCACAGAGAGCCUGAAACAGGACCUGCUGAGCCUGGUGUCAGCGGCCUUAGGCUGAGCAGGCGGACCAUCUCACUCUGACUGCAAUUGGCUAAAAGGAAAAAAAAAUUAUAAUAAAUGCACCAAUAAAAGGGUUGCUUUGUUUCUUUAAUUUUUGAAACUUACGUUAUUUUUUUUAUUUUGAGCUAAUCAAUGAGGAAUGUCUGUCAGACAAAAUUCUGUUAAAAUUAGAUUUUUUUUUUUUUUUUUUUUGGUCACAUUUGCUUUUUGCAAAAAAAAGAAAAAUCAAAAAUGAGAUACUUGUGUGUUUAUUCUGUACAUAAAAUGAUAUUGAGUGGAAAAACUAUGUUAAACAUAUAGCUGUCCCAUAUAAAUAUACUGUCGCAUCACU